AUGUCUGGCUCCUCCAGCGUCACCGCUAUGAAGAAAGUGGUUCAACAGCCCCGGCUGGAGGCCAGGCUCAACUGCAUAAAAGUUUCCCAGGCAGCUGCAGACUUCAAACAAUUCUGUCUGCAGAAUGUUCAACAUGACCCUCUGCUGACUGGAGUAUCUUCAAGUACAAAUCCCUUCAGACCCCAGAAAAUCUGUUCUUUUUUGUAGUAAA